UAUAUAUAUAGCUAGCCCUCAUCCGCCGGACUUUCUCUCCGGCUCUCAAAACGCAGUCACGUUUUCUCUCUCUCCCUCUCCCUCUCCGAGACCUAAUCGGAUCUGACUCGACCCGGUAAAAGCGAUCCCAGUAGGAACGGUUCAAAUCGGAAUCCGUCUUCUUCUUCUUUCGACAAACUCGCAUUUCAUCAAUUUCACCAUUUUUGGUUUCGAAUUUUGGAUUGCGUUCACCGCCUCCGAGAUCGUUUCCAUUUUCGAUUUUGGAUUGUGUUUUGUGGUUUUGGAAUUUGGAAGUUUUGAGAUGAGGCUAAUGGACGGUGAAUUAGCGUUCAAGGCGAGGCACGACGGUGAGGCCGUGGAGGCCGGCGGCGGAGGAGCGGCUGCGGCGACGGCGGACGAGGGGGCGGAGAAGGUAUCUACGCCGUGUUCGUUAGGGAUCGAUGAGUUUCCGCAGAAGCAGAGGAGAUAUGUUGUUGUCGGUUAUGCUCUUACGUCGAAGAAGAUUAAGAGCUUUUUGCAGCCAAAACUCCAAGGUUUAGCUAAGAACAAGGGGAUAUUGUUUGUAGCAAUAGAUCAAAAUAGGCCUCUUUCAGAGCAGGGCCCUUUCGAUAUCGUGUUGCAUAAGCUAACUGGAAAGGAGUGGUGUCGGAUUCUCGAGAGUUCUUGCUCUUUUCUUCAUGAAACAUGAGUCAUGACUUGAUACUUGAGGUCGAGGCCUUAAGCUUCCUGCAAGUGAGGAUGUUUCUGCUUCCAGGAGCAUCUAACUGAUAAUUUCAGGAAUAUAGGCAAACACACCCUGAUGUAACAGUUCUUGACCCUCCAGAUGCUAUACUGCAUCUCCGAAAUCGUCAGUCCAUGCUUCAGUGUGUAGCUGACAUGAAUUUUUCCAACACUUAUGGAAGAGUUGGUGUGCCGAGGCAAUUGGUGAUAAAAAAGGAUGCAUCAUCGAUCCCCGAUGCUGUCAGAAAAGCUGGACUAAGACUACCACUUGUUGCAAAGCCAUUGGUUGCUGAUGGAAGCGCAAAGUCACAUGAAAUGUCGCUGGCCUAUGAUCAGCAGUCCCUGAAGAAGCUCGAGCCUCCUCUUGUUCUUCAGGAAUUCGUGAACCAUGGAGGAGUUCUUUUCAAGGUUUACAUAGUUGGGGAGGCAAUUAAAGUGGUGAGGCGUUUCUCCUUGCCCGAUGUCUCCAGACGAGAACCGUCUAAAUCCGCUGGUGUAUUCCGUUUCCCACGUGUCUCUUGUGCUGCCGCUUCCGCUGAUGAUGCAGAUCUCGAUCCUUCUGUCGCGGAGCUUCCUCCACGUCCUCUUUUGGAGAGACUGGCAAAGGAACUCCGUCGUGGAUUGGGACUGAGGCUGUUCAACUUAGAUGUUAUAAGAGAGCAUGGGACAAGAGAUCGGUUCUACGUUAUCGACAUCAACUACUUUCCAGGAUAUGGGAAGAUGCCGGGGUAUGAGCACAUAUUCACCGACUUCAUACUGGGUCUGGUAGAAAGCCAAUGCAAGAAACGAGCCUUGCCCGACGAUGAUGAUGAUGAUUACUGAAAAGAAUAAGAAAGGAAAGGGGUAUGUUGGGAUGUGUGGUGCAAGCGACAAGAACGGAACAUUGGCGAUGAUGCUUUGAAGGAAGAAGAGUUGUGUACAUAACAUAAUGACUUUCUGACUUUUGGCAACCGCAUGAGAUGAUGCUGAGCUCCUUCUACGCGAAGAAACAGCUCUUUCAUUGAUCGUAUCAUUGGUUUUGUCCUAAUGUGGUGAAAGAAGAAGACAUAAACACUAGAAGAGAAAGACUCACACCACCUUAUGUGACUGUUUAUUUACGGCAGUGACUCAAUUCUGUUUUUGGUUUGUUUUUUAUUGUCGAAACUUCCAAGAUAAUCUUUUUACCUUC